CUUUCCUCCCACAUCAUCUCAAUUAUCAAAAACGAGGGCUCAUCAUUAUUAAGCUACACUGUCGCCGUCCGUUGAUCGGAAUAUACAAUUCUGAUAAUAAUAAAUUAAUAAUUAUUAUUGAUGCUGCGAAGAUGAGCUGCAAUGGAUGCCGAGUUUUGCGAAAGGGUUGCAGCGAGAAUUGCAUGCUACGUCAAUGCAUAGAGUGGAUGGAAGACCCUCAAGCUCAAGCUCACGCCACCGUUUUCGUCGCCAAGUUUUUCGGCCGCGCCGGCCUCCUCUCCUUCAUCAACGCUGUCUCCGAAAGCCAAAGACCAGCUUUGUUUCAGUCUUUGUUGUUUGAGGCGGUAGGGAGGACUAUAAAUCCGGUGAACGGAGCGACGGGACUUCUUUUGGCUGGGAACUGGAAGGUCUGCCAGGCUGCGGUGGAGAAGGUGCUGAGCGGCGGCGCGUUGGAGCCACUUCCCGAGUACAGUUGUCGUGGCAUUCAUCACGUUCGACAACAACGGCGGGAUGAGCGCUAUUCCUCCAAGUACUCGACCAAAAAGAGGCCGGCUCCAUUGGCUUUCGACGAUGAUGAACGGCCUGAUCUUGAUCUUAGCUUGAAGGCAUCGUCGGAGUUGCAUAGAGAUGAUCACGAUAGAGCGGCGACGCCGUCGUCUGUGGAAGGCUCAGAAACGACGAUGUUGUCAAGAAGUGGUUCGUCGUCGGCAGAUUGUACUACUAAUGAUUCAGAGGGAACAAGGCUUCUAAGACUAUUCGUUUGAGGCGUCUGGGAAUAAAUCUUUUAUAUGUGAUCGAUGUUCUUCGAUUUUUACUAAUUGAUCUUCUUUAAUUUUGUUAGUAAAUAAUAAGAUACAAAUGUGGUUGGGGAAUGAAUAUAACCCCAGCUGAUUUUAAAGACUUUGCAACCUCUUGUGCAUGGUUGUUUUUUGACCUUUUAUCGUGGGGAUUCGAUCUAAUGAACACUAUUUUAUUUUAGAGA